GCGGCCAGUAGCAGUCAGGAGAUAGAACUGGAAGAUCAGGCAGUGCUUAUUAUACUCAUCAUUAUUGCUGUUCUUAUUUUCCUUGUCAUCAUUUUCUGCAUCGUUGCAUUCUUAUGCAUCCGUGCUGCCAAACGUCAGAAGAAGGCCAUGUUGUUACACAAAACACAUGCAACACCACCUCCCCAGAUGAUGAUUGAACAAGAACCCGUUAUUGUUGAACCGGUAAUUUACGAUAAUCGUGCAUUUGUUACUGAAGAGCAAAACAUAGUGAUCCAGGAUGAUUCACCAAGAGUAGUGCAGCCAGAUCCUGUGCAUGUGCAAUAUGCCGUCGUUCAGAAACGUUCACCAUCUCCUCAGUACGUUGAAGAGACGACGUAUUUCGAGGACGAUCAAGACGCCAUCGUUGUUGAAUUGAAGGACGACGUUCCCAGACAGCAAGAUGUUUAUGACACUGAACCAGAGUAUAGAAUAGAAACUGAAGUUGUAACCGAUCAAGAGCGAAUGUAAAGAUAAAAUGCUACACUAUAAUAUACAUGUACGUAACUCAAUAAAAUGAUGUCAAUAAUACAAACUAUACAAAUGUUAAAGACAGUGAGAUGUUGUGACAGUUAUCAUGGUGUCAUGACACAAGAUAUGAUGUUUUGACAUUAAUAUUGUUAUUAUGACACAUUGCAUGUUGAUAUGACACUGGGGAUCAUGUCGUGUCACUGAAUAUAUUAUAUUGAAGCACUGAACUAAAUUUUAUGACUACUAAUUGCCAUCAUGAUAUGUUUUAUGACUAUUGCCAUCAUGAUAUGUUAGUAUAGACAUUACUAGUUACAUGUAACAUAUGAUGCUAGACUACUUGUUUUGUAUGAGUUUACAUUUUUAGAACAAAGUAGUUGAAGUACCACUAUCAAUAUUAAAUAGGUUAUUUUCUUCUUAUAAGGCAUUUACAUUUUAUAAUUUUCUUCGUUGAAUAAAAUGCUAAAAUACAGCAAUGAAUGUGAUAUGUAUUUUGAAUAUGUUAAAGAAUAAAAUAUACUUAUAUUUUUUUUGGCUUCAGGGAACAGUCUUCUGAAAAUAGAUUUGUAUAAGACAUUUACAUUUUUCUCCUAAUUGUGCAUGAUUUUCAUGAGAUUUAAUCCAUCUAAGUACAAACAUUUUCUACAGGUACUCUGUUAUUCUAAGAAUAGUAGUUUGCAAAUAAGUUAUGUGAUAGAUAACCAAUGUGCAUUGCAUCAUUGUGUCAGCUAAUAUUAUUUCUUUGAAGUAGAAGAAAUUGCUGUUGUAUUUUUUUUAUAAUUAUAGAGAUACACACAGUGGUUUAAUCACGAUCGUGUUCCAUAUUUGACUCAACAUGUACAAAUUGUAAAUAAUAUAUUGCUUGUAUAUAUUUUAUAUUAGUGCUAUACUAAAUUUUAUAUCCGUUUCACAAGAAAAUAAUGUUCAAAGUUUACCCCAUGAAGAUCUCUCUAUAAAGUUUUGGUAAAAAUAUUGAGAAUUUAUCUUUUACAUAUUGAUGAAUUGUCAACAGUUUGACAACAUAAAAUUCACCUUGAUUUCUCCAUUAAAUAAACACAAAUGUGUAAUAUAGUUGCCGUUUUUUGUUAAAGAUUUAAAAUGUUUAAUAUUUUAGAAUGAUGUUAGAUAUUUAAGAGCCAUGUUGAUUAUUUUGUUAAAUGAAUUCCACAUGUGAUAUUUCUGGAAAAUUUAAUGCAGUGAGUGAAUGAUUAAGUAAGACUUUUGUGCCCUGAAAAAUACUCAAACUGUUUAGAUUAUGUUCUUCUAUAAACUACAUGAUUAUACAGUGUUCAAGAAUAAUACAUUAAUUACAACCCCCAAAUAAAGAAUAUUUUUGAUUUUUUUCUUUUUCAAUUUUUUUUUAAAUAUGUUUACAGGGUUGCCAUCUUUCAAGAAGAACUUCUAUUUGAAAGGCCCUGUUAAACGAUAUUAAUUGUAAUCUCAAUGAAUUUCAGAUAACAAUAAAUAUUUGAAUGUAUAUCUUAAGUUUAUUUUAUAUGUACAAAUAGUACAUAGAUGUUUUUUACUGUGCAGAUAUAUAUUUUUGCUGAAUAAAAUUAAUAAAAAAUCA